AUGUCCUCUGCUCAUGAUGCCACCACCAAGAUCUCCAUUGACAAGUUCGACGGCGACAACUACGCGACGUGGAGCCGCUACAUGCGUGGCGUGUUCCUGACCAAGUCGGCGUGGCACGUGGUGAACCGGGAGACCACCCCCACCUUCGCCGAUCCUCGCGCCAGUGACGACUACGUCAAGACGAACAACAUUGCGUUCGGCUUGAUGCUGCUGCACAUGAGCGCAGAUUAUCAUCACGUGGUUGAUGACUGUGAAGAGGCGUGGGUCGCGUGGGCGCGUUUAAAGACGCUGUACGGCGGGUCGCAGAAGGCUGGACGCAUCUACUUGAAUCGUCAGCUGUUCAGCAUGGAGAUGGCGGAAGGCGGCAAUGUGAUGCAUCAUUGCAACGAAGUCCUCAACAUCAGCGCGAAGCUCAGCAGCAUCGGCGCCAAGAUGGAGGACGAGGACGUGGCGAUCUGCUUGUUGCGCAGCCUCCCCAAGAGCUACGAGAACGUCGUGCUGAACUUAAAGAUGAGCAGCGCGGAACUGCGAUCGCGAGACGUCGUGACAGUGCUCACGAAUGAGCACAUCAAGAGGCAAGGUGACAAGACGACAUCGGUGAAGACUGAAGACGCGGCGAAGGCGUUCAGUGCCAAGCGUGAACCUCGCCAGUGUACAUACUGCGGAAAAUUGGGGCACACGGCGGAGCGGUGCUGGACCAAGCAGAAGGUGAAAAUCAAGGUGGAGCUCGACGCGGCGGCAACAAUGCUCGUGGACGCGGAGCCAACAACGUUCAGUGGCGAACCAACAACAACUAUGACGACAAAUACGAUCGAGUUGCGUUCGCGGUUUCGCUGGAGGCUGGACUUUCAACGGGCAAGAAUAUGCCAGGGAUGUGGGCAGUCGACAGCGGUGUACAUUGCGCUAUGUCUGGCGAUUCAAGAAGGCAAGUGGAUGCACCGUUUACUAUGCGAGAUCAUGGCGGCUGCUCACGAGGACUGA